AGUCGAUCGAGUCAGCAGCUUCGAACAUUUCUGAAAAAUAAUUGGCAAAGUGAAAUUGAUCAUUCAUCGCUUGCACUGGUCAACUCAGAUGGAGUGAUUCUAUGCCCGCUUUGUGAGGUGAAUAUUCAAGUAGUUGAGUGUUUUCCUAAAAGUAUGGCCGAGGCAGCUUCCUCCAAGCCGAAGGAGGAUCAAUCCGUUCGCAAAGCGGAGGAAGAUCUUCUCGUGGUGCGCAAGAUGAAGAAAUUGGCCACCAAUUUGUGCGAGCCUGUGAUCAACAAUUACCAAGUGUGUCUCGUGAAGGAGGGAUUCCUCAAAACGCAACUACGCCUGGCGUGCACCAAAGAGAAGAAGUACAUGGUCCGCUGCAUCGACAAAAUCGCCCAGGACGAGGAGAUCUUUGAGGAUUGCCGUCGUGUUUACGUGCAGGCCCGAUCGCAUCACAACGAUGCGCGCAGUGAAUGGAAGGACGACAAGCGAUCCAAUGAGCUUGUUGACGCUUAUCGGCGUGACCAAGCCAAGGUUGCCAAGGACCAAGAAAGCCUACUGAAGGACAUUCCCGGCAGCUAAGCAGCUUAGCUCUCUGUAGCUUAUGAACUUCUCUAUGACUCUGGUGUGCGGUCUGGUAUGAGCGAAGCUCUGACUUGGCCAAUGCCCGUGCUCUUUGGCCGCUGCCAGAUCGCCAGAAUGAGAGAGAGAGACCAUUUCAGCAUCCUCUGCUGGCAGGGGGCCUUGGCGUGGCCGUACAUGGUCCGCGCAGCUGCUGUUUAAUAGGGGGCAUGCACUGUGCGAUGCACGCCGGUGGCGCCCUGGUGUUUGUGCUGCCGACAGCAGCCCGGCUGGCUAGCUGUCACUGUGGCGGUGCAAAACACUAUGUGCUCGUCUGCUGUACCACAGCGGGGCAUUUUCUUUAAAGGCUGCUGGGACGGCUUGUUGGCUGAUUGAUGCUCGCUGAUUCCGUUUGUCGAUUUCAUUUCGUUGUUUUGUCAUUGUUUGCACCGUGCGCAUGCGUGCACAGUGCCAGGUUGAGAUACCGCACUCGCUGUGACCAGUCACUCGUCAUCAUUAUCAUUGGAUGUGCGCCGCCGCACAGCUCUGAUUUACAAUGUACUUGGAAGUACUCUCAUCAUGUGCUUGCUGUACAGUGCGGAUUGUCUGGCUGCUCUGUCGCACGGUAGCCCGUGUGCCUGCGCCGGGCAAGCCAACUUUUAGAUGCAGAUUAAUUUGAUUGCUUGUUGUUGA